AUGUCCGACCACGCCGACAUCGACGAGGCAGCCCGCAAGCGUUUGCGGGCGGAGGCUCCGUUCGUCUCUCCUCUUCCUCUUCCUCCUCCUGCAGCACCGCUUCUUCCCUGUGACGCAUCGCACAACGGCGAGUCGGCAGAGGCGGCCGGCCACAUCCUGGUGGCCUCGGCGCCCCCUCACAAGGAGGACAGCGUUGCGUCGACGUUACACACGAGCGCCAAGGAGGCCCGCUUCGAGGGCCGCUGCAUGCCGCCGUCUUUCCACUCGCUUCUCGGCGAGUACGAGGUGCCGGAGGAGGCGAAGGAUGUGGAAGAUCUCGUGGGUGGCCACGAGGACUUCAGCGACCUCCCCGAGGCCCGCCGCGAGGCGCUCCUGCAGUCCGUGCGCACGCUGGUAAAAAAGGCGGCGGGGGCCAGCUCCGCGGAGCAGCUCGAGCACCUGCGCGUGAAGGGGUCGCGCCUGCACGGCUUCAAGGACACGGCGCGCAAGUCAGAGCUGACGGCGGCGUACAGGCAGCUCGUCCGCGAAGGUGCCAUUGCCGAGAACGCCGUCGUCGAGGCGCUGCUCAUUCGCAAGAAAGGAAAGUCGCACAGUGGAGUGCUCGUGGUGACGGUGUUCAUGGGCCCUGGCGAGUUCAGCUGCCCCAAGGACUGUCACUACUGCCCCAACCAGCCCGGCAUCGCCCGCAGCUACUUGCUGAAGGAGCCGGGCGUGCUGCGCGGCUUCCGCAACGGCUGGGACCCCAUCAGCCAGUUCUACGACCGCGCCAGCGCGCUGGAGAACAACGGGCAUGUCGUGGACAAGAUCGAGCUCAUCAUCCUUGGCGGUACGUUCUCUUUCUACCCCCAGCGCUACGCCGAGGAGUUUAUGACGGCAUCUUUUUACGCCGCUAACACGUACUACGACUCGGCGCCGCUGCGGCCAAUGCGCAGCUUGGCGGAGGAGCUGACGCUGAACGAGGGCGCGCGGUGCCGCAUAAUCGGCAUCACAGCAGAGACGCGGCCCGACUAUAUCAGCGCGCGCGAGCUGCGCCGCUUUCGCUCCCUCGGCAUAACACGCGUGCAGCUCGGCAUCCAACACCUCGACGAUGACAUCCUGAACCUCAUCAACCGCGACUGCCCCACGGCGAAGACCGUCGUCGCGAUCCAGCGGCUGCUGGACGCCGGAUUCAAGGUGGAUGCGCACUGGAUGCCUGACCUGCCAGGGAGCAGCUUUGAGAAGGACAUGGAGCUCUUCGAGACGCUCUUCUCAGCUGAGAACGAGUCGUUCCAGGUGGACCAAUGGAAGGUGUACCCCACCGCCACCGUGCCCUUCACCAAAAUCAGCGAGUGGUACGCGCAGGGUCAAUACAAGCCCUAUGCGGAGCUGGAUAACGGUGCCUACAUGGUGAAGCUGCUGGUCUACAUCAUGGAGCACUGUCCGUACCGCAUCCGGCUCAACCGCAUUAUCCGCGAUAUCCCGACGACGUACAUCAUGGGCGGGGAGAAGCGAUGCAACCUGCGCCAGGUGAUCGAGGCUGAGAUGCGCGCACGCCACAUCCGAUGCAAGGACAUCCGCGAGCGCGAGUGCAAGGGCAACCCGGUCGACCGCGCCAACACCCACCUCUUCACGGACGAGUUCCGCGCCAGCGAGGGGACGGAGUUCUACCUCUCCGUGGAGAAUAAAGAUCGCACGCAGCUGUACGGGCAUCUCCGCCUGCGACUCCGCGACGACGCUUCAAGAGAGGAAAGCAACAUCCUGCCGGUGCUCCGGGGCUGUGCUCUCGUUCGCGAACUGCACACGUACGGCAAGCUCAUCGCCGUCAGCCAGCAGAAUACCGGGCGCGAGACGCAGCACGUCGGCGUCGGGACGCAACUCAUGCGGGAGGCCGAGCGCAUCGCCAAGGAGCGUGGCUACCACCGCAUGGCCGUAAUUGCCGGCGUUGGUGUGCGCCGCUACUACGCAAAACUCGGCUAUCGGCUCGAGGACACGUACAUGGUGAAGGAGCUGGAUGAGCAGGCGAGCGCUAUCACGGAGGAUCAGGUGGUGCAGGACGACGACAACGAGAACUCAGCCUACAGCAGCUUCCUGAGCACCAUAAAGUCCUUCUUUGGGUUCCACAAGAACACACCCUGA